AUGAGCGACUGCCCGCCGUCGCCGCAACUCUCAGAGGCGGCCGAGCGACGCCCACCUACUGCUGUCGCCAGUUGCCCCUCGUCCCCCGCCGCGUCCCCUGCGCCAGCGGUCGCUCGUGACCAGUUGGACCACUGUAAUGGCCAGCGCAACGUCUACAAGUUUGGCGCAACAGCUCUUUGUCGUCCCGCGCGCUUCUGUGACCUCAUCCACGUCGUGCGGACCGAACGCGCGCGUGUCGCAGCUCUGGUCGUGUCUGCGAUGGAUCCCACGCCCGCGCAAUUGCUCCGAGCGGUGGCCUUUGCAGCCGCAGGCGACGCGUCGAGCGCUCUAAACGUCGUCGACAAGCUGCAAGCCGAGACACUGUCCAUUGCGACCGCCACACUGCGAGAGCUGCACGUCAAGCCAGUGGACGACAUGGAAGCGCUGAUUGUUGGCUUGUGGACGCCGUUGCGGGAGCUGCUCGUUGGGAUGAGCCUGUUGCAGGAGCAGACGGCGCCAGCGACGGACGCAGUGCUGGCGUUUGGCGAACAGCUGACGGCCGCGCUAGUGGCCAGGCUCUUGACGCAAGCUGGUAUCGACGCGCUCUACGUGGACGCGCGAGACUGGCUACUGACGGACGAGACGCACGGUAGUGCGAACGUGCUGUUUGACGAGUCCAGGACGAAGCUGCGACAGCAGAGAACGGGCUGGAGCCCCGAGGUUGUGCCAGUGAUCACAGGCUCUAUUGGCUGUACGCGGAAUGGCCGCACGACGACGCUAGGACGGAAUGGAGCCGACUACACGGCCACGCUCGUUGGCGCUAUGCUUCGUGCCGACUACGUGGUGAUCCACACGGACACUGCGGGUGUCAUGACUGCGGAUCCAGACAUUGUGGACCGUGCUGUGGCGCUGUCGCAUCUGAGCCACUACGAAGCACUGGAACUGGCGAUGUACAGUACGCGUAUGUUCCACGCUCGCACGAUGGUGCCGCUGAUCAAGAGCGGCGUGCCGAUGUUCAUUCGCAACAUGAUGGACCCAAGCGGCCGUGGGACGUAUAUCAGUGCCGUCGGUCGCACGGGUACGCACGAGACGUGUACCACGUCGUUGGAGCAUCUCGCGAUCAUCGAGGCUCGUACCCGCAUUUUGCAAGAUGGCAGCAGCCGACAAGCGAACAUCGGUGCUCGGGUCACGAAGGUACUGGAGGCGCUUAGGAUUCCCGUGUGGCUCUCGAUUCGUGGCGCACAUGGACAAGCUAUAAGUGUGGUGGUGCCAUUGGACAAGGAGGUACAAGCUCGUGCAGCUAUUGAUACCGAGUUGAGUGCUGAAAUCGCGUCUCACGAGGUAGACUGUGUGAACUCGGAGUCGCCGGUAACGAUGCUUUCCAUUGUGACCGAAGACCUGUCCAAGGUGCCGCACCACCGGACAAGAUUUUUUGGAUCUCUUGCUGACGCUGACAUUGAAGUGUUGGCUGUCGGUCAAGGCACGAGCCUCCGCUCUUUGAGCUGUGUCAUUCGCGGUAUUGACACCAAAGUGGCUGUGCGUCGCGUGCACGAUGCUUUCAAUGUGGACUGCCUCGUGACGAACGUUGUGCUGCUGGGCUGCAAUCACAUUGCAUUGGAUGUUGUCCAUCAGCUCCACAAGCUGCAAGAGCGGUACUGGUCUCAGCACAAGGCACGCGUGAACAUUGUUGGGUUCAAUCCCAACUGCGACGACUUUUUGUAUGACCCCAAAGGUUUUGCGUAUGAAGAACUCGCCUCUUGCUUGGAAGCUUGCAGAAGCACGAAUGCCGUGAUGUCCGCGUCAUCUGCAAAUGAGCCGACGCCGUAUGCUGGUGCUCCUUCGCUUACGCACUUGAACGAGCUGCAGGAUUUGGCGAUCCCGAUCGUGCUCGACUGUUCUGGCCAGAGCAACACACAAGACUUGUAUUCAGCCUGCAUUGAACGCGGCAUUCACGUUGUUGCCUCCAACGCACGCUCGGUAUGUCGCCUUCCGUCUACUUUAUGGCGUGAAAGUACUGCCACCACGACUCGCACCGAAUCUGGUCGUACGUUCUUCAUGCACACGUCGACGGUCGGUGCAAGUUUGCCUAUCAUCGACACCCUUGGCAACAUCUUACGCACAGGUGACCGCAUACUUGGUAUCGAUACGUCCUUGAGUGGAUCGAUGAACUUUGUCGCGAAUGAGGUGAUGAAGGGCAAGAAGCUGUCGGAAGCUGUCGGAGAGGUGCUUUGCAGGGGCUACUGCGAGCGUGAUCCGCGCGAGGACUUUACUGGUACGGACAUGGUUGCAAAAGUUGUGGUGCUGGCUCGUGCUCUCGGUGUGCAUCUGCACGAGAGUGAAGUUCGGGUGGAGCCGUUCAUUCCACAUAGCGUGCUUGACACGAUCGCGUGGUCUCACGACAUGGAAGUGGACGACAUUGUCACUGGACUUGAGGCGUACGAUGAGGAGUUUCGUGAGAGAUAUUACAUGCCAGCUGUGUCGGAGAGCAAGCGUCUUUGCUACGUUGCAUCCAUCAACUUGGCUGGAUCCCUGUCGAUCGAAGCCACGAUCCGGCCUCUGCUUGUCAGCGAGGAUCACCCGGUGUACUACACCAAGGACAAUGAAGUCGCGUUUGGUGUCUCCUCCGUGCAGUACCCGAAUCCGCUAGUGCUCAAGGGCUCCGGGACGGGUGCUUCUGCGAGUGCUACUGGCGUCCUCCGUGACGUUCUCACGAUUCUGAGUAGGCUCAGUGGGAACAAUGUUCGCGCAUGA